UACGGCACACUUCACCGCAGCACUUCGCCAUACACGCACCCUGACGGUCAGGUUGUACGUGCAUUUGCGGGGACUUGUACCGUUUGUAUUGCAAAAUCUGAUGGAAGCCGCGGAUGUGGGGGACUUCACCAUUUUGAAGCGACCGGUCGUUUCCUUGACCGUUGCGUCUUUUCAAUGGGAUGCCAUGCUCAAGUUCACUUGCCCUCCUGCUGUGACGACCCCCCUUUGAUCAAACUAAUCGCUGGCCAUGACGACGGGUAUCGAUCAAUUGCCUGAUCACUUGCUGCUUGCGCACAUCUGCCCCCUUGUGCAUCUUCAAGACCGCUGGCACGGCCUAGCACGGGUCUCCAAACGCUGGCGACGACUCACCCUCGCGUCCGUGCACCGCGAAAAGCACGUAGACUUGACGUGGUGCACGGGUGAACACGAACUCGAAGCGGCCACAGCCGUGCUGCUCAACCGCCAGUCGCAACGUGGCAAGAGCGACCGAAACUUGUCCGUUGAGACCUCACAAUUGCAAAGUGUAGCGCUCUAUGGCCCGCGCGUCACGUCGCCUCUGCUAUCACAUCUGGUCAAAGGUCUCGGCUCCGAACAACUGCGGCACGUGGACGUCGAGUCUAAGCAGAUCUCGGACACGGCACUCGAGCAACUCUGUCGUUGUGCCAGUCUACAGACGUUGUCCUUGCACUGUAUUAAACUCACGGACGAGUCACUCAUAACCAUCUCUCGAUCCUGUCCCAAACUCACUAAGGUCGAUCUGUCUGGCUGCUCGCGCGUGCAAGACGACGGCAUCAUCGCCAUCACCGCCAACUGCCCCAAACUACAGAAAAUCAACCUCACUAUGUGUCGACGGAUCACGGACAGAUCCAUCGUAGCACUGGCUCAACACGCGUCGUUGUCACUAGAGGAGAUCACACUCGAUCGUUGCUUAAAGAUCUCUGGACCUGCCAUUCGCUUCCUUAUGAGAAUGCAGCGUAAUCUCCAGUCAUUCUCAUUUGCGCGCUGUCCAAAAGUUCAAGGUACAGACUUCUACAACCUCGUAGAAAUGACUCAGAACAAGUCCAGCUGCGAGAUUGUCACGCUUGAUCUGAGCGGGUGUGCAGGGCUAGAUGACCGCGGCGUGGCUGCAUUGAUCACGACCAACCGAUAUACGCUACGAUCUCUUAACCUCGGAGCACUGCAAUCUCUCGGUAGCUCCACUUUCUCGGCUAUCACUCGAUGCACCAAGCUCGAAUCACUCAACCUUUCACUAUGUCGGACACUACAAAACCGUCACCUCAUGACUAUCGCAUCUGGAUGUACACAACUCUCGACGCUGUUGCUACAAGGUUGUGUAGCUCUCGAAGACACUGGGCUCAAGGCGUUAGCGGCGAAAGCAACAAAUCUGCAGCGAUUGUCGCUCGAGUUCUGCUACAACAUCACGAACGAAGGAUUCGUGGCCGUGGUCUCGCGUUGCCAACAAUUGUUGCAUCUGAAUAUCAAGGCUUGUAACCAGCUCACAGUCGCUGCGUUUCGCACAUUAACGCGGCGUAAAGUGCCACUAGAAACACUGUACAUCGGAGCAUGCGCCGAUAUGGAGACCACGGCGGCAUACUGCUCCAUCGUCAAGCUCAAGUUCCCUCGCUGCCGAAUCCACUGGGUCUAGAGCAGCAAAUAUACAUGUUUUGUUUAUCUUACAUGCACAGCACAAUCAGACUAUAAGCGGUUAGUUGUAGACGUGGACGUUCACACCAUAAAUAUCAACGUCUGCCG